AUGAUCCUCUCUUCACUGCUAUGGCUUUGCUGUUAUCUGGGGUUGGUCAAUGGCAAGGUGUUGUGGGAUGGUAGGGCACCGAGGAACUAUACCUCGUUCCAUCUCGACGCGAGUGUAGACCCGUAUUUGACGGUUGUCAAAGGACCUCGUGCAGCAUCCAUUUACACCCGUCUGCUCGGCCGUGAAGUAACCCCUACUCCCCUCUGGAACGACCGCCUCUUCCCCGAAGUCCCCUAUCCCGCCGUCUCCACCGAACAAACCCUCCUCGUCCUCAUCGGCAACUCCUCCGUCUUCACCCCAGGCUCCUCCGGCCGCCCCCAAACAGGCUUCCGCCGCACCGAGCUCAUCGCCCAAGUCAAUGGCAGCAACAUCGACCUCAUACCCAUCAUCGGCAAAGGACGCGUUGCGUUCCAUUUCAGCGUCCUCAUGGAUGAGUGGCAUAAAUUGGAUAUGAUACAUGAACACCAGCUUGUGUUUGUGGAACCGUCCGAUGGGAGUCAUGUUUUUACUUUGCAAGUUGGUUCACCCUUCACAAACCCGACAGGACCCCUUCCAGCUCCCCGCGCCGACUGGCUCAAAAUCCUCAACCACAACCUCGACGUCCUGUUCGAAACCGAAUUUACAGACGAAACCUGGCACAACUUUGCCGUCAUCGUCGAUUGGGAGAAGCGCACACUCCAAGUGUGGUACUCGCAGAACGAGAACAACCUCGUUUGGGUGACGCCGGUUUUGCCGAAUAAGACGGUGAAGAGGGGGACUGCUGGGCGAGGGGACUUCCACUUUGGUAUUUUGAAGUUGCCCCUUGUGAACGUUGCGGACCCUCCUGAAGUGAGAGAUGAUGUUGUGCAUUAUGGGAUUCAGCCCCCUACGACGCAUGGGAUCAUGUACUCUGGUGUCUUUAUCGAGGAUUUGGAGGACGGCUUGAGUGUUGGAAACAAGUUCAUCCAGGAGGUUUGA